CCGUCCCCGUCAACAAUCUCGCCUAGAGCGCCAAAUGUGCUGGGGCCGCCCCUGCCAGUGGGGAACGAUAUGUGACGACGAAUGGGGAAUGAGUAACACUGAAGUAGUGUGCCGGCAAAUGGGGUGUGGCCAUGGCCUUUCUUUCGGUAGUGAAUUUGGUGCAGGAAGUGGCCCAAUAUGGCUGGACGAUGUUGUUUGUACCGGUGAAGAGGACGCGAUCACUCAGUGUUCUCAUCAGAACUAUGGCGAUAAUAACUGCGGUCAUAGUGAAGAUGUGGGCAUUGUAUGUUCAGGAAAUGUUGCCAAGCCACAUGUAUCUCUGAACCCGGGUCCAGAGGUAAACUUCGGUGACAGAGUUGAAAUAACGUGCUCUGUGGAAAUAACCGACCACCUGGGAGGAAUGUUUGUCUUACAAAAGACACCAGGCCCCUUCAGAAUGCAGAGAUACUCUGUGAGUGAAACUGAAACCUUCACCAUCCCCAAGACCAACUUGAGCCAUGGAGGCUUGUAUCACUGCCUUUUUCAAAAGAAAAUCCCAUCCAAAACCAUUGACAUGCUGGGGGAUCCUGUUGAGCUCAAAGUCACAGUGAAACUCCAGCAGCCCAUCAUCUCCCUGCCAUCGGGUGGCCCCAUGAUGCUUAUGCCCACUAACAAAAUAGAGGUCGAGGGAGGAAGCACCUUCGCCAUCUCUUGCUCCAUUUUCUCCAAAUACGAGGGGGGGUCCUUCUACCUCCGCAAGACCAACACCACCGCCACAAAGCUUCAGGCAGCGUUAAGCCACUCCAUCAUCCAAGUGGCUUCCUUUGAUUUCUCAGAAGUGACCCCGCAAGAUCAGGGCGAUUACACAUGUGUCUAUUCCAUCAAUAUCUCUACACAAUCCUUCCAUUCAGUCCCCUCGAAAACAAUCCAGGUCAUAGUGUCAGUGAAACUACUGCAGCCCAUCAUCUUCCUGCCAUCGGGUGGCCCCAUGAUGCUUAUGCCCGCUAACAAAAUAGAGGUCAAGGGAGGAAGCACCUUCGCCAUCUCUUGCUUCAUUUUCUCCAAAUACGAGGGGGGGUCCUUCUAUCUACGCAAGACCAACACCAACGCCACAAAGCUUCAGGCAGCGUUAAGCCACUCCAUCAUCCAAACGGCUUCCUUUGAUUUCUCAGACGUGACUACACAAGACCAGGGCGAUUACACAUGUGUCUAUUCCAUCAAUAUCUCUACACAAUCCUUCCAUUCAGUCCCCUCUAAAACAAUCCAAGUCACAGUGUCAGGAUCUGAUGUCCCUUCAACCAUGAGAAGAACCAUGGUUGGUCUCGCGCUUGUCCUGAUACUGUCCACCAUUGUGUAUCUAUGCUGGAGAAGGAGAAGAAUGGCGUCACGUGCCAUGGUACAUAAGGGCCAAAACGAGGUCGAGUCCGACAACAAUCUGGAGAGUAAUGCCGCCGAAGACCUAUUAGGGCGAGUUUCUUACGAGCUUGAGCCACUUGUUCAUUCAUGAAAACAAACACAGUAGAAGUGCCAAUGGGAUGUGGUGUUAUGUAAUCAUUCAUAUAUCGUCAGGGUUCUGGAAAUGGAACUGAAUAAUCUACUGAAAAUGUUAAUUGAGAGAUAACCGUAUGUAGAUACCACUUUGACAGCCUUGUCACAUUGCUGCGAUACGUCAGCGUGGCACCCAUAUUUGAGAGGCCAAGACUGGCUUUUAAGCAAAUACAAGUAAACAGGCUUCAGUUUGUAAUAUAUGAUUUAAUAUGAAUUCAAAAACUAAAAUCGGUUGAGAAAUGUAAACGCAAUUGUGCUUAUCCCGUUGUAUUUGCUUAUAGACAUUACCAAUAUGUCAGCGAAGUUGACAUAUGAUCCAAAGGCCAAUGCAGUGUCUAUGGACUGUAUAUAUGUCUAUCGAUGGUACUGAAUGCAAAAUUAGGUAUUCAGUUCCUACAUGCUGUUUGAGUUUAGUUCAAAGAUGGGACCAAGAUGGGCCCAAGAUAUUUAAAGGGAUGAUGUCAUGCCACCAGGUGUGUGAUUAGCCAUGACAAGCCGUUUGAAAAUCUUCCUUUCCCGGUACCCUAGUGACAUCCUUAUUGGGCCUACCUAGAUCUAUUCUGGAUAGAUCAGUCCACCAGCCUACCAAGUGGACUGUGACAAUUGUUGCUUAUCUAUCAAUCAUACAUCUAGGUGGACACGCCCACUAGUGAUGUCACUAGGGCACAGGGAAAGGCAGAUUUUCAAACGGCUUGUAAUGUCUAAUCACACUCACACAUGGUGGAAUGAUAUCACCCCUUUCCGACCGAGUCACAGAUUAUCAAAAAAUGAGGUAAAAUAAAUAAAGGUAAUACGAAUGAAUGUGGCUAUAUUUUUUUUUUUUGGAGAUUUAAAUAAAUGCCAUUAAAGAAGGCAUUGGUGUGAAAGUAAGAGAUGGCUCGCUAUUUUUUUGAGUGUCUUUGUAUUGGUUUAAAUAUCUUAGCCUCAAGCAUUGUAUCCUUUUUGACCGAUAUUGCAAGCUUUUUAUUUUAGUUUGAGACCACUGCUGAUGAUGUCAGAUAACAACGUUUAUUUACUGUGCCAAUGUGGAUAUCUCAUAGCAAUGUACUUUUAAAUAAAGUAGUGGAUGUUACUUGAAAA